AUAAAAUAUUCAAGCCCAUUCAAAAACGUCCUUGAGAUGUUGCAACACAGUUUUUUUCUUCUCUUCUUCUGUUUGUUUGCGCUGAACUGCAUAAAUGGGAAGCGUUAUUUUUGUGUUUGCUUUUGUUCCCGUUUUGCUGUUAACCGGAUAUUGAGUUUUUUUCUUCGCUCUCUUCCAUCUCGUCGAUUAGUUUGCACAGAUGCCUGUGCAAUGAUGGUGCUUAUCUAUGCCAUCGCAUCCCAUUGAAUAUAUAUAUAGUUGGCACUAAUUCCAACUGUGCCAUGAUCUCUUGUGGCUUUUUUCCCUCCAUCCAUUUAAUUAAGCCUGUCAAAAAUGACGGCAUCAUCGAAAAUUGAUACGUGAUUUGAACGGAAAAUGGCACGAGACAGAAAAAAGUCGGCAGGAUUAUUUUGUACGUUUGUAAAAUUGCAGAUUGCAUAAAAUUGAAUUGAAGAGAGAGCACCAAAUCCGAGUGAUAUACAUAUUUUGAGAGGUCACUAGGUCGUCCAGGCAUUUUGUGUACUGUUUGAUGUGCAAGAGAGAGCUGUUUGGAGCGCUCUCGCUGAGACGCUCACUCAGCCCCACCCGACUAUCGCGAGAGUCGUCCAUCUGUGUGUAGCGAUUUUCACUGCUGCUGCGACGGCCACUCUUACUGAGUGCUCAUCGCAGCUUCAACAACAAUCCAUUCGAAAAUUUCGUCGACUGCUGCCGUUUUUACAAAUUUUCCGUUUCUUCGCUUUAUUCCACAUACAUUCUUCACUCAUACUUCAAAUAUAGAGAGCGAAAAAAACAUAACGAUGCUCCAGUAUCAGCAGUAGCAGCAACCGAGCGACAAUGUGUGAGAGAGCAAGAAUAUCACUCUGUUCGGUGUGUUUGGUGUACGAUUUGAUAUGUGCGUUCGAAUAUGCUCUCCUUUAUUCCUCACUUUUGCAAACGGUGUACUCAAUGCGCAGAUUCCAUCGGUGGAUGAGAGAAUAUGUGUAUUUUGAAGAAUUUUUCGAUAUGCGUUUGCUCAUCGCUUCGCUGUUCCAUUCAUUCUCUCGGCAGUCAGAGCAAAUUUACAAUUCGGUAACGAAUGUUUUCUCCGUUCGUUCCCUGUGCUCGUUUCGAAUCCUUUUCUGCAAAAAUUCUCUCACUCUCGCGCAUUAUCAUUCCAACGGGGGGUUUACACCAAACAAAAUUGUCCAAGUCGCUGAAAGUAAUUUUCCGAAUUUUGUUUUUCCACACAAAGAACCAAAAAGACGAGGCAUUUUUUUCUGGUCACGAUUUUUGACCUGAGAAAUACUGUUUACUCUCACUCUGUGAUAUUGUCUAGUUUUAUAUCUAAAAAAAAACAUCGACUUUAAAUUUUAGCAGAAAAAAAAUCAUCAAACAUCGAAUCAUUUUACGUCCUAUUUUAAUCAUCACCAAAGAAAAAAAAAAAAGAAAACCAUCGCAUCAUUCACAUCGAAUGGAUUCAAUCUCAUCAUACAUUUUUACCGAUUGUUAAAUGACAUUUUAAUUGACUUUUAACACAUUCUUUUAUUGGAUGGCGUUUUAUGACCGCGCGUCUGUAGUCUUUCACAUAAGUAUGAUAUAAAAAAAAGUGUGGAUUGAUUGAAAACGACGCUGUGUGCUUCACGCUAUAGAUUAUUUUGGAGAAAGAGAGAAUGCGAUAAAAAAAAAAAGCUGGGCAGUUCAUCGAAACAGUUGAUCGAAAAACGUUUAAAAAUAAACUGACAUAAAUAGUUUCUAAUUGACUGAACGCAAAAAGCCAAGUGAACGGGAAAAACAAACAUUUUGAAAAAAGAAAAACAAAAGCAUUAAAAGCGAGGCGGUUUUGUGCGUGUGUUUCGAAGAUGGGUGGACCGGAUUCGAAAAUAUCCACCGUUGAUGUGGAAAGUGGCGACAAUAUGGCUACGUUGCCUGUAUCGCGCGCUCACACUAGCAGCACCGAUACAGCUGAAAAGAAUAAUGCGGCCAAUAAGGAAAUGGAACUGAAAAACGUUAUGCCAAAACCGUUGGAAAGAACUUCAUUAUUCAUUAUCACCAGUUUAAUGUAUGCCAUGCUACUGAUUGUUGUAUGCGUCGCAUACGUUAUUUCUGAUGUUAGCACUCAUCGAUUACCGAUCGUUUACUAUGAAGGAUAUUUUACAUAUUUGUAUGGGGCUAGUAUUUUGUUCCUGCUGUAUGUCUUUUGCUUUUUGUUGCAAGAGAGCACUUGCUGCAGUGGCGGUUCAACACCAAAACCACCGAAGCCGGUUAAAGAGAAGAAAGAGAAGCCCAAAAAGGAGAAGAAACCGAAGAAGGAAAAAGGCGCACCGGCUGAAGGUACUGCUGCUGAUGCCAAGGAAAAGGACCCCAAAUCAAGCGGAAAAGAAAAGGAAAAGGAUUCCGGCAAAGCCAAACCAACUGUUCAGGAAGGAUUGCCACGAAGGCAGCGCGAUGUGGUGCGGGAGCGAAUACAAUCCCUUACUAUACAGGAAGCACCAGCCGAACCCGAAGUCGUUGUCACUCCUAAGAAUGUUCAACGAAAACGGAAAACCACACACGCCGACCCAAGCUACGGAAGUUUCUUUUUGCGUGUUGGAGCUAUUGCAUUCGGUUUGGGGACUCUUAUAUAUGUCGGAUUGGAACUUGGCUCAUUCUUCGAAAUACCCUUCGAUUCACCAUGCCAUCAAAUUUUACGUGGUGUAAAUCCACUGUUGCAAAUGAUCUUCACCUUUAUGCAAAUGUAUUUCAUCUUCAUGAAUGCACGCUUGAAUAUCCACCGCUUCAAAGUGUUGGCUCGCUUUGGAUUGAUGCACAUUUGUGCUACCAACAUUUGUGUAUGGAUUCGAACCUUGGUAUUGGAAUCAUUGAAGGAAAUCACUAUUUACUAUAAAAAACGUCAGGCACUCUCUGAUGAAGGCGUUUUGCUGGACUCCAUCCGUUCGCAUACAUUGAAACAUUCUGGAACUGUACUAGGAACUCACUCAGGUCCACACCCAGAAUGGGAACCAAUUGACUUGCGUGUACGUGACGGAUCGAAUGAUGAUAUUUUGACGAAGGCAUUGAACUCAACCGCUCGUGUUGCUUCAAAGGCAGUAUCAAGAUCUGCAUCAUACUUGGCUGCUGAUGCCACAACUCAGGAAACUCCAAUAGCAAGCGGCGAACUUGAAACCACAACCAUUUUCAAAAAAGUCAAGAAAAUCCUCAGCACUGCUGCUUCGUCUACAAUCAGCUCGACUCUACCAAGUACCACAACAACAACGACCACCACCACAACUACUACCACAACACCGGCACCAAGCACAUCAACAUUCUCACAAUUGACCCAAUCAUCAUCACUUGCCUCGUCAACGGUUCAAACUAUUGUCACUGAUGCAGUCACUUCGACCAGUUCACCGGCUUCUGUGUUCAACAACCCAUUGGGUGGACUGGAAAACGCUUUCCAAACGUUUUCCGGAUUGUCACACAAUGAAACCGAUGUCGAGAGCUUAGAUUCACUCAUUCCACAAGCAUUGCUGGCUUCGGCUUCACCUAGCACUAACUCGAGCUGUGGCCGUGUCAACAUUAUGGGAACCAUCGUACAAGAUUCAGCUCCAUACUUGUAUCCAUUCAUUGUUGAAUACUCAUUGAUUGGUGCUGUUGUUAUUUAUGUGAUGUGGAAACACAUUGGCCGCUAUGCAAAGGGAAGUGAAGAAGAUUUGGAGCAUCGUUUGGAAGUGAUAUUGUCACGUCGUGCUGUUGCAAUGGCUCAACGAUCGCGUUCGGGUCGUGUUGAUUGUGUUGGAUCAUCGAAGGGACUCUUCUUUGGAUUGUUGGCACUGGUCGCUUCGCUCAUUUGCUUGAUUCUUUUCUUUGUCUUGGUUGUGAAACCACCAUUCAACCGAUUGGCCGUUUUCCUUGCUGAUUGUUCGCACGGUGGCAUUUUGAUUCUAUCAAUUUUGGCUAUUUUGAUUGGCUUCUGUCGUGUAUCGAAGUUGAAAUUCCGCUGCGAGGAAACUGGCAACCUGAACGACAUUCUAUUGCGUAUUUCGGCAUUUGGUCUGUUCAUCUACUCGGCAUUCAGCAUCAUUGCCGGUGCAUUAAAUCUAUUGGAAAGUGAACCAAAUCUGCUAGUCACCGUCACCAGUUCCGUUGUUGUUCUUCAAGUCGUAUUGCAAUUGCUGUUCAUUGCCGAUGUUUCAAGACGUCGUGUGCAUUUACCGGAACAUGAUCGCACCAAACCAGGCCGACAAGUUGUCACUUUCCUUCUCAUCGCGAACGUCGCUAUGUUCGCCAUUUAUACAUUCGAAGCACAAAAAGUUGCUAACAACCCGGUUCAACUCGAUUUCUACGGUUACAUUGGUUGGGCAUUGAUUCAACGAGUCACUCUGCCAUUGUGCAUAUUCCAUCGAUUCCACAGCGCUGUUACACUAGCCGAAAUAUGGAAGACAACCUACAAAGCACGCUUAGAGUAAAUUCACAACUACCAUCAUCUCCACCUCCACUAACCAAAAACGAAGAGAGAAAAACAUAAAAAAAAACCAUUCAACAAAGUUCGGUUGCUUAAAGCACACACGAAAAGCAGAGGCAUUCAAAGAGAAAAAAAGGAUAAAACCAUUUUCUCCGUUUGCUUCGAAGCCGUUUGUUGCAUAAAUUUAGGCAUUUAUUAAAAAGGAAUGUGUGUGGAGUCGGUAAAAAAAGAGAGAGAUACAACCAACUGGACGAACUCAUAACGCUUAGUUUCGGUCCAAAUGAAACAUUUUUAAAUUUUUAAAACAUACAUAUUCACAAGAAAAAGUAAAAACAAAACAACAACAAAUCGAGUCAACACAUUUAACACAUUUAUAUACGUAUAUAUAUAAAAGAAAACAAAAAAAAAACUAUUAAUUUCUUUGCAAAGUCAAUAUUUAUAGAUGGAAAUAAAAAAAAAAACAAAACAAACUAUAUGUGUGGUUACAGAUUGCGCGAGCAAGUGAAUAGUAAUACAAAACAAAGUAAAAAUGAAAAGAAAAUUUAUUUAUUAAUUUUCAACACAGUCUUUUUUAUAUUGUAUUUAAUUUAAGAUGUGAUUUCAAGCGUUUUCAAAGCAAAUAUUUUACGUUUAAAUUUUACCACAGCAAAAGAAAGAAAAAAAAAUAGUUAGAAUUUGUAUAAGACAAAUAAAUUGGAUUCUUUUUUCUCUUUUCAACUUCAUUUUGUUUGGAGCAUUUCAUUUCAAAUUCACAAACACAAGUAAUUAGACACCAUUUUUAUGCGAGAGUUAAAACAAAAAAAAAACAUCAGUCUAACUAAUUUUUAAGCAUAGUAAUUGAUUAAGAAUUUAAGCGUCGAAAAUAUCUAUCUCUAAUGGUGAAUGAACAGUGAACACACUUCGUCGGCCCGGUUAACUGUGCAAUUUUCUUUCGUUUUUGGCAAAACCACAAGAGCAACAUCUGAAAUAGAAACGAUUCAAUCAUUGAAUUUCAGUGUAAGAUCGACAAUCUUGCAAUGAAUUCUGAGAAAAUUACAUUCAUUUUUUGCUAAAAACUGAAACCGACCGUUGCGCCGAUUGACAAAACAUGUGUUCAAAAUAAACUUAAACUAAUUAGGCAUAGUGCGAGAGUCUGUCUACCCAAAGACACAAGAAUCAUCCACACACACACACAGGACACAACGCAAACCACUCUAAUUAAAAUAAUACACUUUGCGAACACUAUCUCUCUCUCUCGUGAAACACAACAGAACCAACUUUCAAAAGCCAAUAGAUUAAAUUAAACGUAUAAAAAGCAACAACAAAAUAUUUAGAAACAUUCAUAACAGCAUCAAACAAAAAAUAACAUCAAUAAUAUACCGUAAUUAAAUGCAUACAGAACAAAACAAAAAUCACAUAUAAAAGAAAUACACCCAUAAAAAUGGAGCAAAAGCAACAAAAUACAUCGUAUUUGAGUAAGAAUCUAAGAAAUUAUUAUUGUAACUGAUAUUUCCGAAUAAAUAAACAAAGCAAAAAAACAUUCAGUAAAACAGACAAAAAAGUGAAACAAACGAAUGAUAUGUACUUAAAGUAUAGAAUUAUAUGACACAGAAAAAAAGUUAAAAAAAAAUUGUUCUCAUCCAUGUAUUAGGUGUGUUUUUAGAAACAUAAAAAUAAUAAAAAAAAUAAUUUAUUUAAUGAACAAUCGCGUCACGUAGAUACACAAUAUUCUUAUUUUUUUGUUCUAUUUUUUGACGUCCCUUUUUGAAUCCGAAUUGGAGUUUUGGUUUUCAACCAUGGUCGAUCAAGCAAUUGCCUGUAGGCAAUAUGUUUUUUUUUGCUACGCAUAGCGCUUAUGUUUUGAUCAAAAUGAAGCAAUUUACUAGAAAUCUCCUUUCUUUUGGUGACUAAGUGAUAUAUUUUCUAAACCACGUUUGCACCCGAAACGCUAAUUUUGUUAUUAGCAUUGAAAUCAGCCAAGAUUUCAUUUUGAUGAGCCAUGAAAAAGCAUCUUUGUAGCUUAAGCAUUCGAUCCUGGUUUCGGCUGGCUGUAUGCAUCAGAAUAAAUUGUCACAUUUACACAAUUCACUAGUUGCAGUGUCGACACAGCGUCGUCACUGGCAGUUUUUUUUAUUAACAAAUUUUGAACAGAAAUGAUUCGUAGAAAGUUCGAGCAACAAUAUAUAAAAAAAAUAACAAAUUUUCGCAUUUUUAACGCUUACAAAUUUUCAAAAUGUUUCGAAAAAAAUCUCCUUUUAAGACGGAAAAAAAAAGAAUUUUUACAUUUUUACACCAGCAACAAACAAAUUUUUUGCGCAUUAGUAUAGACAAAGCGUAGAAAUUCGUUAAAAGCAACUUUCCAAUGCAGCGAUAUAUUUUCACGCGCGUGAAGCAAUAGAAUUCCCACAUUUUUUUAGGCUUGAACACCAACAAAAUCGCACAUUUGAUCCAUGCAGUCGAUGCAAAUUGCUUGUGAAAUAUUCGCGCCAUUUUUUUAAACACACUUUUCCUCUUUGUAAUCGAAUCAUUUCUUUUUGCAAACUAAAUUUGUAGUAAACGAAAAGGAAGGCGAACAUAGAAUACGCAUAAAACGCCAUUCGUAAUUCGGAUUACCAAUUUUUAAGCGUUAUAGCCGAUGAUUAAAAAGAAACAAUUUUUUUUUUCACACUUUAUGUUUGUUGGCAUGUAGAUGAUAAAAAGCAAAAUGAUAAACAAAUUCGUAUUUAUAUAACCAACAUAUUCCAAUGUGGAAGAGAUAUUGUAAUACCAAUUGUAGUAAACAGUACCAUUUGCAUUUAAAUGAAACAAAAUACCAAAAAACAACAUCAACUGACACACACACACACACACAUGGAACUUAACAUUUAUUGGAUAGUCAUUCGUAUAACCAUUUACAUUUUGCUGUAAAUAAAUAAAGAUUUCAGUCAUAUUUCCCACCAAAAACAAAUUCACAACAAACGCAUUUCAAAAUGACAAACACCCAUACUCUCACACCCACUCACACAUUUUCAAGCUUUGUGAUCCUCAUCCGAUCUUUGAUACAUUUGAUACCGAUUCACACCAUCUCUUUCAAUCUCUUGUGUAGGAAUCAACAGAAUCCGCUUCAUCGACGUACAACUUUUUAGAAAAUAAAAAAAUUCAUUUACAUGUUGACAUUUACCUAUAUCAAUUCACAGGCGAACGAACAAAAAGAAUACGCAUUAGAUUUCAUCAACAAAAAUAGAGGCAUUCAAAACAUUUUCCCUUUAAACAUAGAUGACAACCAACAUAUUUAUAGUGUAAGUGCGUAAAGAAAUCGACAUACAAAAUUCAAUGUUUCCAUAAUCCUACAUACUCACAUAGUGUUUAACGAACAAAAAAAAAACAUUCGUCAAUCGUCCAUGAAUUAAGGAGGUAAAAUACAUAGUAAAAAACAAACAAAUGAGCGCGCCCCGAUCAGGCGAACAAAUCAUAACCCACCAAAUUCAUUUCGAUUUUUACCGAAAAGAGGUUUUUUUCGUACUCAAAACUGACAAACAAUGCGGAAAUUUUAUUUCCCACUCCGAGGACCAUACACAAAUUCACAUUUCACACUUUUUUAACAUCACUUUUUAAAGGCAUUGUUUCAAUGUGACCAACAAACCAUACACGAACCAAAUGGUUAAGUUUCAUACCAAUGGUUUGCAUUUUGUUGACAUCUUAAAAUAACAACAACAAAAACGAAAUGAAUUGCGAUUUUCAUUUUCCUUUGUAGAUUGUUUGCAAAUUUUCACUAGAAUACUUUUGUGCAUUGAUUUCGAAUCGGACAAAAACAACAACAACAACACAAAACCAUCUGUAAAUCAAUAGCCAACCAUGAAUGGGAAAUUGUUACAAAAUAUUUAGUAUAAAUUUAGCAUUUCUCAAAUAGAACACAAAAAAGCAAACGCUUCAGUAUGAGAAAACCAAAACUAAAUAAAUUACAAAACCAAAAUCUGUUUGAUAUGAUUCAAACGUUACAGUACGAAUCAUGCUUUCAAUUAUGAACAACUACCAACCAACCAACUAAAACAAAUACAUUACCAGAACUCUAUCUAAUACAGAUCGAUGAUUACAAAUAAAUUGUGGAAAGAAACAAAA